GUUGGACACAGCUCAGGCAUCCAAAUGAGGUAAUGGGUGGAGUAAAGUUGGCCCCAACGCUUAUAAAUGACAUCGAUGCUCCAGACGCCUCCAUCCAGAGGACCGGUCGUCUCUCAGAAUGAUGCCAGGCAAGUCCCCCAGCAAGAAGGCGGCCGAGAAGGCAGCAGAGGCCGACCUGCCGGUGGCAGAAUGCGCAGAACCGCAGCCAGCGCCGGUGGAGACCUCCGCCGCCGUCGCCGCAGUGGCCGAGGGAAAAGCGCCGCCGGCCGUCACGGUGGAGGAUGGUCCCAUUACAAAUGAAAGUGCACCUGGACCUGCUCCCCCCAUUGAGGAGCUGCCCGAGCCCUCUGGACCGCCGCCUCCCCCAGUUCCCACCAGCCCACCACUGGGCGUGUCCGUGCAAGACGUCAACGAUGCCAGCCUCACCGUCAAGUGGGAGACGCCGGAGACCAUUGGAGAGUCAGGGUUGGAUGGGUACAUCGUUGAGUACUGCAAAGAUGGAAGUACCGACUGGGUGGCGGCAAACGAGGAACUGACCCUGGGUAACCACUACUGCAUCAAGGAUCUGAACGUGGGCGACCUGCUGCUUGUCCGGGUGGUGGCCGUGAACCCCGCCGGCUGCAGUCAGCCGGGUACGCUCGCCCAGGCCGUGCCGAUCCGUGAGGUGGCCGACCGCCCGAAGAUCAAAGUUCCUCGCAGCCUACGUACGUGCUUUGUCAAGCAAGUUGGCGAGCAGGUCAACCUGGUCAUCCCGUUCCUUGGCAAGCCCAAACCGUUGGUGUCCUGGCAAAAGGAUGGCCAGCCUUUGGACCCAAAGAGAGUCAACAUCAGAAAUAGCGACAAGGACAGCAUCCUGUUCAUCCGCGGCGCUCAGAGGGAGGAUUCGGGUGUUUAUGAGAUGACUGUUAAGGUGGACUGUUUUGAAGACAAAGCCACCAUCACCCUUCAAAUCGUUGAGCUGCCAGGUCCUCCCAGCAGUACAAAACUGGUUGACUGCUGGGGCUUCAAUGCCGCGUUGGAGUGGACACCGCCCAAGGACAAUGGCAACACGGAGAUCACCGGGUACAUUGUCCAGAAGGCCGACAGGAAGACCGGGGAAUGGUUCACCGUGCUGGAACACUACAGCAGGCUCACCGUCACCAUCUCGGACCUCAUCAUGGGAAACUCGUACGCCUUCCGAGUGUUUUCUGUCAACAAAGUGGGUGUCAGUGAGAAAAGUGCCAUCACCAAGGACGUGGCCACGAUCCAGAAGACGGGCAUCAUCUACAAGCCACCUGAGUACCAGGAGCAUGACUUCAGCGAGGCGCCCAAAUUCACCACGCCGCUCAGCAACCGUGCUGCAACUGUCGGCUACACCACCAAGCUGCUGUGCUCUGUUCGCGGAAGUCCCAAGCCAAAGAUCGAAUGGCUCAAGAACCAGAUGGUCAUCGGUGACGACCCCAAGUUUCGGCAGCUCUCCAACCAGGGCAUUUGCUCCCUGGAGAUCCGCAAGCCGUGCUGCUUUGACGGCGGCGUGUACACGUGCAGAGCCAAGAAUGCGCAAGGAGAGGCCACAGUCUCCUGCAAACUGGAGGUCAAACAGGUUAUUCUUUCUGAGCAUGACAAGGAAAUGAACAAAUAAAGAGGCAUUUCAACAUUCACAGGAGAGAGAAAAAGAUGAUGUAGCAGCAUUUUGUACAUAUUGAUGAGAGGAAGAAACCCCAACAAGCUCGCAC